AAAGAAUGGAUCAUUCGGUGAAAGCGAUGAAUAGUCACCGAAAGGUAGUCUUCUCGCGACUGUUGAAUCGGCACCGCUUCGAGAGCCGCGAACUCGAGGCGCUAUACCAGCGCUAUAUCUUCAAACUGCAACAGUCGUCCAUCAUCUCAGUCUUGGCUCUCUUCACUCUUCUCACCGCAACUCUCGCCUCACUUCAGGUCUAUUACGAGAAGACUGUGACAGUCAUUGCACUCUAUUGUCUCCUCCAAUGUCUGGCAUUUGUGGGUCUGUUUGUGCUGUCGUUUAAGAUGCACGACAACCAACUCCUGGCUCUCUGUUAUGUGAUAUUACUCUUCUGUGUCCUCUUCUGUCUCAUCUUCGCUCCCGUGAACCUCAAUAUAAGAGACCCGCAAACGGGCGUCAAUACGAACGACACGACUAUCGCUGCGAGCGAUGGCAUCGGUGGUGAGGAAGAGGUGCCAUCGGUUGGGCAGUGGUUUGUGUUGCGGGUGUGGUCUGUGGAUCGGGUGGCGGCGGACGGCGUUUGGCAGAUAGUGUUCGUCACUUUCCUCACGUACACAAUGUUACCGAUUAAGACCCGAAUCUCAUUGCUGUUGGGGUGUGUGCUGUCGGGCGCACACAUCGCCCUCACUGUAACCAAUGCCAGACACGCUGUCCACCAGUCACUGGCCGUACAGCAGAUAGAG